AUGAAAAACGAACCAUCUAGUGAUAAUCGUGAUUCGAAUGAGCAAGAUAUUCGACGACGAUUACACGAUCGACCACACAGCGCGUCUUCUGCUGAUAUCGAUACACAAUCGACAUUUUUAAGAAAUAGAUCUGAUUCGUCCGAAACAAAUUUACGUGAUAAAACCGAUGAAUUAGAUUCAGUUCUUGAAGUGCCAACAAAAUGUGUUGAACAAGCCAAAGAAGUUGGUAAACGUGUUGUUGAAUAUGUUGUUGAUCAUGCUCUUCUUCCACAUUGGUUGCUGGAUAAUGAAUUUUUAAUUUCUGGACAUCGACCACCAAUGCCAAGUGUUAAACAAUGUUUUGCAUCAAUCUUUCAUCUACAUACUGAAACAGUUAAUAUUUGGACUCAUCUAUUGGUUCUCUUCAUUGCAUUUGGCCUUUUCGGUUUUAUUCCAACAAUGCACUAUGCAUUGGUAUUCGGUUUUAAACAUGCUUUUACGACUGGUGCUGCUCAAUGGUUGGCACUAAUGGCCGUUCUUUAUAUUACCGGUGCUUCUCUCUAUGCUGCGCGAAUACCUGAACGAUUGGCUCCAGGUUACUUCGAUAUAUGGUUUCAAAGUCAUCAAAUCUUUUAUGUGUUUGUCGUGGCUGCUGCUUGCGUUCAUUAUUAUGGCAUUUGUGUACUAUCACGUCAUCAAGUUAGUGUCGGAGAUUGUCAUGAAAGUGUAGAUGCCUAA